GUCAAGCAAAUAGGGCCGCGUCCAAGGCUCGCGGAGCUCACCCAACGCCCCAGGUAUCCUGCCUGGGCUCGAGACCAGAACUGUUUAGAUAUAACAGUCCGCGGACUGCGGGAGUCUGAGAGUCCGGUGGACCAGGCUGUGGUGUAGUAUAAAGGCGGCGCCCAGAAGAAGGGGCGGGGCGUGGGAGAAGGCUCCCGGCCCGCCCCGCCAUGUGGCACCCGCUGGUCCUGUUGCUGCUGCUCCCCUCUGCCUCGUUGCCCGCCUCCACUGCAGCCCCGAUCCGCGAUGGUGACGCCCAGGAGAGCUCCUCGAGUUUUCUAGGCCUCCACAGUCUACUCCAAGGCUUCACCCGGCUUUUUCUGAAAGAUGACCUGCUGCGGGGCAUGGACAGCUUCUUCUCUGCCCCGAUGGACUUCCGGGGCCUCCCCAGGAACUACCACCAAGAAGAGAACCAGGAGCGCAGGCUGGGGAACAACACUCUCUCCAGCCACCUCCAGAUUGACAAGGUGACCGACAACAAGACAGGAGAGGUGCUGAUCUCUGAGAAGGUAGUAGCAUCCAUUGAUCCAGAAGAGAGGAGCUUGGAGGGUAACUGGAAGGUACCCAAGAUAGAGGAGAAGGAGGCCCUGGCGCCUGUCCCGAAGGCCGUGGACAGCUUCCACCCGGAACCGCAUCCCCGAGUGGCCUUCUGGAUCAUGAAACUGCCACGGCGGAGGUCCCACCAGGAUGCUCAGGAGGGCAGCCGAUGGCUUAGUGAGAAGCGACACCGCCUGCAGGCCAUCCGGGAUGGGCUCCGAGAGGGGACCCACGAGGAUGUCCUCAAAGACAGGACCCAGAGCCCCUCCCACGCCAAGCUGUCCGCUCGCAAGACCCACUUCCUUUAUAUCCUCAGACCUUCCCAGCAGUUUUAGGAGCAAGGACAGCGGAACACAUCCAUAUAAUAUAACCCCCCACCACUACCAGAUUUCACCCCAAGCUCCAUUUCCAUUAAACUUUUUCUUAUAUCCACCA